CCCGAGCGGGAGGAGAUGCCCGAGUUCGUGGUGACCGCGCUGCUCGCGCCCUCGCGCCUCUCGCUGAAGCUGCUGCGCGCCCUGGUGCUAAGCCUGGUGUACUUGGCCGCCGCCGUCGCGGCGCUCGUCUACGGCUGCGUCGCGCUCACCAGCGUGCUCUGCCGCCCCCGCCGGGGCUGCCGCGGCCGCCCGCGGCGGGAGGCUCCCGCCUGCCUGCGCGACCCCACGCUGGGCGAGCACUGCUUUCUGACCCUCAGGAGUUCCGGCCUGCGUCUGCACUAUGUCUCCGCUGGUCGUGGCAACGGGCCCCUCAUGCUAUUUCUGCAUGGCUUCCCAGAGAACUGGUUCUCCUGGCGCUACCAGCUGCGGGAGUUCCAGAGCCAUUUCCAUGUAGUGGCCGUAGACUUGCGUGGUUAUGGCCCCUCUGACUCUCCAAAGGAUGUGGACUGUUACACGGUUGGCCUGCUGUUGGCUGAUAUCAAGGAUAUCAUCCUAGGCCUAGGGUACUCCAAGUGCAUCCUCGUGAGCCACGACUGGGGGGCUGCCCUUGCCUGGGAUUUCUCCAUCUACUUCCCGUCCUUAGUAGAGCGGAUGGUUGUGGUCAGCGGGCCUCCCAUGUCAGUGUUCCAAGAAUACUCAGUCCGCCACAUCGGCCAGCUAUUCCGAUCAAACUACAUGUUCCUGUUCCAGCUUCCCCGGCUGCCAGAAAUGCUGCUGUCUCUGUCCGACUUCCAGUUGCUAAAAACCACGUACACCGACCGCAAGAACGGCAUCCCUCGCCUGACUCCGUGUGAACUUGAAGCUUUCCUCUAUCACUUCUCACAACCCGGAGGACUCACCGGGCCCAUCAACUUCUACAGGAACCUGUUCAGGAACUUCCCCCUGGAGCCUCAGGAACUCUCCACACCCACACUGCUGCUGUGGGGAGAGAAGGACCACACCUUCCAGCAGGGGCUGGUGGAAGCCAUCCACAGGCGCUUUGUGCCAGGCCGGCUGGAGAGCCACGUCCUGCCAGGCAGUGGCCACUGGAUCCCACAGAGCCAUCCUCAGGAGAUGCACCGGUACAUGUGGGCCUUCUUGCAAGACCUGCUGGGCUAGUAGCCCCUGUUUGCCAGCUCAGCAGGUACACGCCAUACACAUACCUGUCCGUGUGUGCCGGGAGUCCAUUCGGUGUGCGCAUAGAGGGUCGACUCCCAGCUCACCCACAGCAGGUGACUCCCGAGCGGCACACAGCAGCCUCUGUGGGUAUCUGGCCUCACACAUAGCACGAGCGUCUUCAUGUAUGAGCAAUCGCUUUGACUCUGGCAGCCAGGUGUGUGUCUCCUUUGAGGAGAGAGAUGCCGGGACUCUCUCACCUCUCCUUACCUGAGCCUCCCUGCCCCUGUGGCUGCACAAAACCAUAAAUUCUAACCUCUCUAUCUUGCUUUCCACCCUCAGCCUGCAGCUUAAGUCUUCCACGCUACUGCAUCCAAUGUAUUUCUAACCUAUGGCAACACCUCAAUUUAAAUGUUAACUGCAGUGUUAACAUUAAAUUGUUAAAUUACGGUGUGUCUGGAGCAGCUUAGUGGGUAAGGCCACUUGUUGCUCUUGUAGAGGAUAUGAUUUUAAUUGUCAGCACCCACGUGGGGUUUCACAGUCAUCUGUAAGUCCAUGUCUGUGGAUCUGACACCCUCUUCUGGGAGACUGCCUGGCACACUGUCUACACGCGUACAUGCAAGCAAAGCACUCCUACAAAUAAAAAAUUCCGUUUCGUUUUUCGAGUCAGGGUCUCUCUGUGUAGCCCCGGCUAUCCUGGGACUCGCUCUGUAGGCCAGGCUGUCUUGAACUCACAGAGAUCCUCCUGCCUCUGCCUC